AUGAGGGCUCACUUGGUCACCUUCAUGGACCCACUGUCUCAAGACGACAACGGCAGUCUUAAAGGACUUAUUAGUGCCUUUGUCUUCAAUCCUCAGCUCGAUGGGCCUAUGAAUGGUGGUCGGUUUAUCACAAGGGGUGCUUGCAACAAGAUUUUUAGUAACCAAAAAGCAUGUUCUACUGCCAAAACUAGUCCUGUGAAAGAACCAUCGAGGCAUUUGGACGAGCACCAAUGGCGUGCCUCUGGUGCUAGUGUCCAUGACUUCCGUUAG